UUCGGCAAAGUUUGCUGCGGGUCCCGAGCACGUGCAGCGUCCUCGCGUUCCCCCCGGCCGCCGCCCGUCACCUGCGCGUAGUCUCCGCCGCUCCCUACCCGCCGUGCCCCUGCGCUCGCACGCGACGCGUAGCUCCCGGGCUCCAGGAGGCGGCGGCCGCGGCGAGGCGUAGCGGGCGCCCCGAGGAUCCCCGGGAGGCGGGGUCAGGGCGGGCCGGCGCUCGGUUCCCGGAAGCUGCUGCCUGCGAGGCUCCCGCCGAGCGGACCGGCGUGCCGGCCCGAGCUCCAGCAUCCUCACCCGGGAGCGCCUCCCGGAGCCGCGCACACCGCCAGCGCCACCGCCGUCCCCGCCAGGCCGCGCGUACCCCGGGCAAGAUGCUGCCCGUGCACACCGAGGUGAAACCCAACCCGCUGCAGGACGCCAACCUCUGCUCGCGCCUGUUCUUCUGCUGGCUCAACCCCUUGUUUAAAACUGGUCACAAGCGGAGAUUGGAGGAAGAUGACAUGUUCUCAGUGCUUCCCGAAGAUCGCUCAAAGCACCUUGGAGAAGAGCUGCAAGGGUAUUGGGAUAAAGAAGUUUUGAGAGCCAAGAAGGAUGCACGGAAGCCUUCCUUAACAAAGGCAAUCAUAAGGUGUUACUGGAAAUCUUACCUGCUUUUGGGAAUUUUUACGUUAAUUGAGGAAGGCACCAGAGUAGUUCAGCCCAUAUUUUUAGGGAAGAUUAUUGAGUAUUUUGAGAAGUAUGAUCCCGACGACUCGGUGGCUCUGCACACAGCGUAUGGCUACACAGCGCUGCUGUCGGUGUGCACACUCUUUCUGGCCAUACUGCAUCACCUGUACUUCUACCACGUGCAGUGCGCCGGGAUGAAGCUGAGAGUAGCCAUGUGCCAUAUGAUUUACCGGAAGGCCCUUCGUUUAAGUAACACGGCCAUGGGGAAGACAACCACGGGCCAGAUAGUCAACCUGCUGUCCAACGAUGUCAACAAAUUUGAUCAAGUGACAAUCUUCUUGCACUUUCUGUGGGCGGGGCCGCUGCAGGCCAUUGCAGUGACCAUCCUUCUCUGGGUGGAAAUAGGCAUUUCCUGCCUAGCGGGCAUGGCUGUUCUGGUUAUUCUUCUGCCUCUGCAAAGCUGUAUUGGAAAGUUGUUCUCGUCACUGCGGAGUAAGACUGCAGCUUUGACGGAUGCCAGGAUCAGGACUAUGAAUGAAGUCAUCACAGGCAUGAGGAUAAUCAAGAUGUACGCGUGGGAGACAUCAUUUGCUGACCUCAUUACCAGUCUGAGGAAGAAGGAAAUUUCCAAGAUUCUGGGCAGCUCCUACCUCAGAGGGAUGAACAUGGCAUCCUUUUUCAUCGCCAACAAAGUCAUCCUGUUUGUGACCUUCACCACCUACGUGUUGCUUGGCAAUGAGAUCACAGCUAGCCACGUGUUUGUGGCAAUGACUCUGUAUGGUGCUGUGAGGCUGACAGUUACACUCUUCUUCCCCUCAGCCAUCGAGAAAGUGUCAGAGACAGUGAUCAGCAUCCGGAGGAUCAAGAACUUUCUGCUACUUGAUGAACUACCACAGCACAAAGCCCAGGAGCCAUGUGAUGGUAAAGCCAUAGUGCAUGUGCAAGAUUUCACCGCUUUCUGGGACAAGGCAUUAGACACUCCAACCCUGCAAGGCCUUUCCUUCACUGCCAGACCUGGUGAAUUGUUAGCUGUGGUCGGCCCAGUGGGAGCAGGCAAGUCGUCACUAUUGAGCGCAGUGCUGGGUGAGCUGCCUCCGGCCAGUGGGCUUGUCAGUGUGCACGGGAGAAUCGCCUAUGUUUCUCAGCAGCCCUGGGUCUUCUCGGGAACCGUGAGGAGCAAUAUUUUAUUUGGGAAGAAAUACGAGAAGGAAAGAUAUGAGAAAGUGAUCAAGGCCUGUGCUUUGAAAAAGGACUUACAGCUUUUGGAGGAUGGGGACCUGACGGUGAUAGGAGACCGGGGAGCCACGCUGAGCGGAGGGCAGAAAGCACGAGUCAACUUGGCACGGGCAGUCUACCAAGAUGCUGACAUCUACCUCCUUGACGAUCCCCUCAGCGCUGUUGAUGCGGAAGUGGGAAAACACCUGUUCCAGCUAUGCAUUUGUCAGACUCUGCACGAGAAGGUCACCAUUUUAGUGACUCACCAGCUGCAGUACCUGAAGGCUGCAAGCCACAUCCUGAUACUAAAAGAUGGUCAAGUGGUGCAGAAGGGGACAUACACCGAGUUUCUGAAAUCUGGCGUAGAUUUUGGUUCCCUUUUAAAAAAGGAGAAUGAGGAGGCGGAACAUUCCUCAGUGUCAGGAACUCCAACACUCAGGAAACGAACCUUCUCCGAGUCCUCAAUUUGGUCCCAACAGUCGUCCAGGCCCUCUUUGAAAGAUGGGGCUCCAGAGGGCCAAGACACAGAAAAUGCACAGGCCGUGCAACCAGAGGAGAGCCGUUCAGAAGGGAAGGUGGGCUUCAAGGCCUACAAGAAUUACUUCACUGCUGGUGCAUCUUGGUUUUUCAUCAUUUUCCUUAUUCUGCUCAACAUGGCAGCUCAGGUUUUCUAUGUUCUUCAGGACUGGUGGCUUUCCUACUGGGCGAACAAGCAAGGUGCUCUGAACAACACCAAAAAUGAGAAUGGAAAUGUCACUGAGACCCUAGAUCUUAACUGGUACUUAGGAAUUUAUGCAGGUUUCACUGCCAUCACAGUCCUUUUUGGCAUAGCAAGAUCCCUGUUGGUAUUCUAUGUUCUUGUCAACGCUUCCCAAACUUUGCACAACAGGAUGUUUGAAUCAAUCCUGAAAGCUCCAGUAUUGUUCUUCGAUAGAAAUCCAAUCGGAAGAAUUUUAAAUCGUUUCUCCAAAGACAUUGGACAUAUGGACGACUUGCUUCCCCUGACGUUUCUAGACUUCAUCCAGACGCUGCUUCUUGUAGUAAGUGUGAUAGCUGUGGCAGCUGCAGUGAUUCCUUGGAUUGUAAUUCCCUUGGUCCCACUCGCCAUCAUCUUCUUGUUUCUUCGGAGAUAUUUCUUAGAAACGUCAAGGGAUGUCAAGCGCCUGGAGUCCACAACGCGCAGUCCCGUCUUCUCCCACUUGUCAUCUUCCCUCCAAGGACUCUGGACCAUCCGGUCAUACAGAGCCGAGGAGAGGUUCCAGGAGCUGUUUGAUGCACACCAGGACUUGCAUUCAGAGGCUUGGUUCUUGUUUUUGACGACAUCAAGAUGGUUUGCCGUGCGUCUGGAUGCCAUCUGUGCCAUUUUUGUCAUCGUUGUUGCCUUUGGGUCCCUGAUUCUGGCAAAAACUUUGGAUGCUGGGCAAGUUGGCUUGGCCUUGUCCUAUGCCCUCACACUCAUGGGGAUGUUCCAGUGGUCUGUGCGACAGAGUGCCGAAGUGGAGAACAUGAUGAUUUCUGUCGAGAGGGUGAUUGAAUACACAGACCUAGAAAAGGAGGCACCUUGGGAGUACCAGAAACGCCCACCCCCAGGCUGGCCCCACGAGGGGGUGAUCGUGUUUGACAAUAUGAACUUCACUUACAGCUUAGAUGGGCCUCUGGUCCUCAAGCACCUGACCGCACUCAUCAAAUCCAGAGAAAAGGUUGGAAUUGUGGGAAGGACAGGAGCUGGAAAAAGUUCCCUCAUCUCGGCCCUUUUCAGAUUGUCAGAACCUGAAGGAAAAAUUUGGAUUGAUAAGAUCUUGACAACAGAAAUUGGACUGCAUGAUUUAAGGAAGAAAAUGUCAAUCAUACCUCAGGAACCUGUUCUGUUCACUGGAACUAUGAGGAAAAACCUGGACCCCUUUAAUGAGCACACUGAUGAGGAGCUGUGGAACGCCUUAGAAGAGGUGCAACUUAAAGAGGCCAUUGAAGACCUCCCUGGUAAAAUGGAUACUGAAUUAGCAGAAUCUGGAUCUAAUUUUAGUGUUGGACAGAGACAGUUGGUGUGCCUUGCAAGGGCAAUUCUAAAGAAAAAUAGGAUACUGAUCAUUGAUGAAGCAACAGCAAAUGUGGACCCAAGAACUGAUGAGUUAAUACAACAGAAAAUCCGGGAGAAGUUUGCACAGUGUACGGUGCUUACCAUUGCUCACAGACUGAACACCAUCAUCGACAGCGACAAGAUAAUGGUGAGUCCUCCCCGACCCCAAGUGGCAGCCAUAGAUGCUAUGACUGUCCAUUUGACCUUCCUUGAAGAUCCUGAUGAGUCAAGAGGGCAAGAGGUGGCAACAGAACGCUUUGUGUACUUCAGGAGGAAUUAUCCAGAUAUUACUUUCACCAGCCCUGUGGUUAUGAACACCUCCAAUGGACAACCCUCAGCCUUAACUAUUUUUGAAACAGCUUUGUGACUGUCAAGCCAUGGAGCCUGUUCCAAAGGCGUUCCCCUGUGGUUUGCACUCUGUAGACUCCAUCAAGCACACUUGGUUUUCACUCUGCGACAAAUCCUUCACAUACAAGAUAGUGGUGUCUUUGGAUUUCUCCCUCCAUCGUUAUUCAGUCAUUUCAGGUUCUAACAAACUGGCCUAUGGUUUUAUUUAAAUGUUCCAGCUGUGCUUUACAAAUCCGAUGCUGAGGUGCCGGCCACCGACCACAGCCGUCUACCAGGUUUUGUGCCUUAACAGACACUAGGGCCGAAGCCCAUUUGUUUCAUAAGCUGCCACGGCAGUUUUUCUUCCUGUUGCCUUCAAAAGAACACUUUGCAGUUAUAUCAGGGAUUCUGUUUACUGGAAGACUGUGUGAAGUUGCCAGUUUGCUCCCCCUUUCUGUGACAUAGCUAGGACCCAUUCAUUACUUUCCCCUAAAGACCUCUGACUACAAUAGUGCAGGUAAAAUGAACAAGAACAUGAAAAAAUACACAAUUUAAGUGGCAUUGCAAUAGAGAGAGACCGUCCCACCCUCUACAUACACGAAGAUAUGUGGCUAAAGAACAAGAGGACAUUUGUGUUGGAAAAUACAACUGUGCUUUCUCAGUGAGCGCCCUGAUAGGUUUUUUGAUGAAGAGUGUGCAAAUGUCCCUUCCCAUUUAAAUUUGUGUGAGUCAAAAUGAACUGCUCCUGGGCUGAUGGACUCAGCAUUGUGGUACUUUCCCUGGAACAGUGACUCUCAAAUGGGUAGUAUUAAUCUCAUUCAGCUUCUGGUUUACAGAAGGUAAACAUCCUGUUGGCUGUAAGCUUUUUGUGAAAUCCUUUCAAAUUGACAUGCAGAGGAUCUCCUCGCUUAGUGAAAACCCUGAAAGUCGUUGCAGACAUCAGCUGUAAUUAUGUAUUACAUUUUCAGGAUACAUUGAGAAGCUUCACUUUCAAGAACCCAUCCAAAUUAGUUUACUUCUGGCCACUCACGGCAGGUCUUGGGGACCUUCUGGUUAGUCCAUCAACAGCCACAACACUUCCUAGGACCUGCUGUACUUCAUGUAACUGUAGGUCUUAAAUUUGUCUGGAUGGUGGUGUCCAUGGUAUGUGUUGAGUUCAAGUUACUACAGGUUUUACUGUCAUGAUUUAAAGUGGACCCUUCAUGAUCUGUCACAAUAAGCCACCCUCGUUACAUAUGUUAAUAUACACACACACACGUAGUUCAUGUUGUAUAUGUCAGUAUAUUUAAACACAUAUACAUGUAUGUAUCAUGUUUUUAGACUAGUUACAGAACGACGCCUGUUUUAUAAAAUGAAACCUCAAGAAGCGCACACACAGCAAAGCCCCAAGCACACAGAGUGCAGUGGCUGCUCAGCUCUGGGUGUCCAGAAGUCUGUAAGUAAUGUAAUAAUGUCCAGUCCCAUAAAUGAUGUCCAUUCGUUCCUUAGCUCUCAUGGUUAGUGUUUCCAGAAACUGAGGUGCAUCAAUGACAAUGAGAAGGUCUGUUUAAAUAUCUAGAAGUGUUUUAAAUGUAUAUAUGUUCAUUUGGUCUUUAGAAAUUAAAGGCAGUCAUAGA